AUGCGCAUAGCCGGGCGUGACCCUUCGCUGAGGCCUAGGGGAGGAACACGCGUGCGCGCACCUUUGCGCUUGCGUAGUGGGCGCCGCUCACGCUGCGAGCCCGCGGGCGGCGAGAGCGCAGGCAGCGCAGGCCUGGAGGACCUGGACGACGAGGACGAGAGCGGCGCCCAGUCCGGCGGCGGCGGCGGCGGCUGCAAGAGCUGCACCUACCAAGGCUGCCAGGAGACCACCACGCAGGUGGCCAAGCAGCGCAAGCCCUGGAUGUGCAAGAGGCACCGCAACAAGAUGUACAAGGACAAGUACAAGCGCAAGAAGAGCGACCAGGCCCUCGGGGGCGGAGGAGGCGGAGGACCCGCCGCGGGGGCGGCGGCAGCGGCGGCUGGGGGAGGAGGAGGAGGAGGAGCCGCCCCCGCGGCCCCGGGCGGCAGCGGGAGAGUUGAGGAUUGCACUGAAAAUACAGGUUCAGCAUCAAAGCAAAGAACAGGUUCCAUUGGCGAUCGCCCAGCAAAGCCUACGCUUUUGGAGCAAGUGUUGAACCACAAAAGACUGUCACUUCUUAGAAGUCCGGAAGUUGUCCAUUUUUUACAAAAACGACAGCAGCUGUUAAGUCAACAAGCUCUGGAGCAAAGGCAACAACAGUUCUCUGGAGCACCAGUGUGAUAGUGGAGGAUCUUUGAACAUGAGGAUCUUAUAGGAAAAUAAUU